CUCGCCCGGGCCCGGCCUCGGCUUCUCCGCGCAGGCCGCGGAGGCUCGGGGCGCGGCCACAGGGGCGCGGCCUUCGCUGCGGUCGGGCCAGUUCCCGUUCCCGGCCGGUGCCGCGGCUGCUCCCUCCCUAGCCCUGGUGAAGCUGCGGGCGCCGCGCGCUCCCGGCCCGGCACUCCCCAGUCUCAGUGUUCUCUCCCGCGCCCUCCCGGCGCAUCAGGCUCUCGCUCCCUGCUGCUGCGAGGUCUGCACACCAGGCGACCACGGUUUGCACUGAGAGGCUGGCCUUGGAUCCUGAUUGCCCUUCUGCCAGGAAGGCACAUGCAGCCAAAAAUGAAUUUGGGAAAAGCAACCACUUGCUCCUUUAACCAUGGAAAAGCAGGGCCGCAGUGAGAUGGAAAUAAUCCCGUCAGAGUCUCAGUCCUACAUCAAAUUGUUGAAAGUCAACCGGGAGCAUCUGGUCACUCACGUCCGCAACACUCAGUGUCUGCUGGACAACUUGUUGCAGAAUGACUACUUCUCCACCGAAGACGUGGAGAUCGUGUGUGCCUGCCCCACGCAGCCCGACAAGGUCCGCAAAAUUCUGGACCUGGUGCAGAGCAAGGGCGAGGAGGUGUCCGAGUUCUUCCUCUGUGUGCUACAGCGACUCACAGACGCUUACGUGGACCUCAGGCCUUGGCUGUCGGAGAUCAGCUUCUCCCCUUCCCAGCUCAUUCAGAGCAAAGCUGUUGUCAACACCGAUCCAGUGAGCAGAUACAGCCAGAAGCUGCGACAGCAACUGGGCCGUGACUCCAAGUUCAUCCUGUGCUACGCCCAGAAGGAGGAGCUGCUGCUGGAGGAGAUGUACACGGACACCAUCGUGGAGCUGGUCGACUUCGCCAACGAGAGCCUGGGCAGCCUGGGCAGCCUGGCCUGCCUCCUGGACCCCUCCACGGGCGUCCUCAAUGAGCACGGCGAGACCAUCUUCGUCUUCGGUGACGCGGGCGUGGGCAAGUCCAUGCUGCUGCAGCGGCUGCAGAGCCUCUGGGCCGCGGGCCAGCUGGACGCUGAGCUCAGGUUCUUCUUCCACUUCCGCUGCCGCACCUUCAGCUGCUUCAAGGAGAGCGCCUCGCUGUGCCUGCGGGACCUGCUCUUCAAGCACUACUGCUACCCGGAGCAGGACCCCGAGGAGGUGUUCGCCUUCCUGCUGCGCUUCCCGCACACGGCCCUCUUCACCUUCGACGGCCUGGACGAGCUCCACUCGGACUUCGACCUGAGCCGCGAGCCCGACACCUCCUCCCCCUGGGAGCCCGCCCACCCCCUGGUCCUGCUGGCCAACCUGCUCAGCGGGAAGCUGCUCAAGGGGGCGCGCAAGCUGCUCACGGCCCGCACGGGCGUCGAGAUCCCGCGGCAUCUCCUCUGGAAGAAGGUGUUCCUGCGCGGCUUCUCCCCCAGCCACCUGCGCGCCUACGCUGGGAGGAUGUUCCCUGAGCGCGCCGUGCGCCAGCGCCUGCUGGAUCAGCUGGAAGCCAACGCCAACCUCUUCAGCCUGUGCGCCGUGCCCCUCUUCUGCUGGAUCAUCUUCCGGUGCUUCCAGCACUUCUACGACGCCUUCGACGGCUCCCCGCAGCUGCCCGACCGCACGGUGACGCUGACCGACGUCUUCCUGCUGGUCACCGAGGUCCACCUGAACAGGACGCAGCCCACCAGCCUGGUGCAGCGGAACACGCGGAGCCAGACGGAGACCUUCCGCGCCGGCCGGGGCACCCUGCGCUCGCUGGGCCAGGUGGCUCACUGGGGCAUGGAGAAGAGCUUCUUCGUCUUCAGCCAGGAGGAGGUGCAGGCGUCCGAGGUGCAGGAGGGGGACCUAAAGCUGGGUUUCUUGCGGGCCGUGCCGGAGCUGGGCCUCGGAGGGGACCAGCAGUCCUACGAGUUUUUCCACCUCACCCUCCAGGCCUUCUUUGCUGCCUUUUUUCUGGUGGUGGAUGACAAGGUGGGCACUCGGGAGCUGCUCCGGUUCUUCCAGGAGUGGGCUCCUCACGGGGAGGCAGCAGCUGCGUCCUGCUAUCCCCGCUUCCUACCCAUCCAGUGCCUUGGGGGCCGCGGCCUGGCCGGGGAAGACCCCUUUAAGAACAAGGAUCACUUUCAUUUCACCAACCUCUUCCUGUGCGGGCUGUUGUCCAAAGGCAAACAGAAACUCCUGCGGCACCUGGUGCCUGCCGCCGCCCUGCGGAGAAAGCGCAGGGCCCUGUGGGCUUACCUGUUCGCCAGCCUGCGCUCCCACCUGAAGAACCUGCCCCGAGUUCAGUCUGGAGGCUUCAGCCAGGUGCAGGCCAUGCCCACCUUCCUCUGGAUGCUGCGCUGCAUCUACGAGACGCAGAGCGAGAAGGUGGGGCAGCUGGCGGCCAGGGGCAUCUGCGCCAACUACCUCAAGCUGACCUUUUGCAACGCCUGUUCGGCCGACUGCAGCGCCCUCUCCUUCGUCCUGCACCACUUCCCCAAGCGGCUUGCGCUCGACCUGGACAACAACAAUGUCAACGACUAUGGUGUGCGGGAACUGCAGCCCUGCUUCAGCCGCCUCACCGUCAUCAGACUCAGUGUGAACCAGAUCACCGACAGUGGGGUGAAGGUGCUAUGUGAAGAGCUGACCAAAUACAAAAUUCUGACAUUUUUAGGCUUAUACAACAACCAAAUCACCGAUGUCGGAGCCAGGUACGUCGCCAGAAUCCUGGAUGAGUGCCCAGGCCUCACGCACCUGAAACUGGGAAAAAACAAAAUAACAAGCGAAGGAGGAAAGUGUCUCGCCCUGGCUGUGAAGAACAGCAAAUCCAUCUUUGAAGUUGGGAUGUGGGGCAAUCAACUCGGUGAUGAAGGAGCAAGGGCCUUCGCAGAGGCUCUGAGGAACCACCCCAGCUUGACUAACUUGAGUCUUGCAUUCAAUGGCAUUUCUACAGAAGGAGGAAGGAGCCUCGCGUGCGCCCUGCAGCAGAAUGCAUCUCUGAGAAUAUUCUGGCUCACCAAAAAUGAACUUGAUGACGAAGUGGCAGAGAGCUUGGCAGAGAUGUUGAAAGUCAACCAGACGUUGAAACAUUUAUGGCUUAUCCAGAACCAGAUUACAGCCAAGGGGAUUGCCCAGUUGGCAGAUGCACUACAGAAGAACACUGGCAUAACGGAGAUUUGCUUAAAUGGAAACUUGAUAAAGCCAGAGGAGGCCAAAGUCUUUGAAGGCGAGAAGCGGAUUGUCUGUUUCUGAGGGGAUGUUUUCCUGUGGGUGGGUCUUGGCCCUGGGGGUGACUCUGUGCAGUUGCCUGUCUUGGAUGUCUGAAACAUCCAGUGUCUGCCGAGGUGGAACUUCCAGGAUUCCUGCCUUCGUGGUGCAAAACGAGCUCUGUGCAGGCACUCUGAUUGGCAGAGUCCCUGAGUAGCUGUUACAAUUCUGCAGGACAAGUAUGAGGCGUUUUAGUGACUGUGAACAUACUCUGAAGAGAUGUUAAUGCAUAGCCAUGAUUAUUUUAAUCUGAAAUUAGAGGAAUGAGACUUUGAGCUCAUAGAAAUGCCUGCCCAAAGACCAGGGAGAGUGAGUCGGUCACUGCCGCAUUCAAUGAAGAGUUGGGGACAUGGUGCAAAGUUGGUGCCAUGUUUCUUGGGGAAAAGGUGCUCAACGAACAAAAGUGUUUUACCUGCAAUGUUCUCUUCCUCCUCAGUACUUCCCCAUGUGUUGAUAUUAUUCCCACUUCACAGCUGUCGAUAGUGAGGGGGGUACAGUGUGGGGAUUUGACUCAUCCAAGGUUCUGUAGGGACUUAGUGCCAAAGGAAGGACCCGCCACGGGCUUACGUCUUAGUCCUGGAGUCUCACCGUCUGCUGACAAAGAUCGCAGGAUGCCCUCCUCUUAGCCAGUCUGAGGGACAGGACGAUGCCUUCGUAAUGCUGAGGCUCCACUCAGGGCUUUCGUGGGUCGGGGCUGACCUUCGGAAGACUGAUGCUGUGGGCAGAGGUGCUCUGUCCCAGGAAGAAGAAUCAGCGCCGUCCUCCAAAAGGAAUAAGGCCUGGCUUGCCCAUGUGGCCCUGGCAUCCAAACAGGAGCUUCUCUCUCUCUCUCUUGCCCUUUUGAGGAAGGGAAGUCUCUUCCUGCCCCCGAGCAGUUGUGCGAGUGACUGAGUUGGAGGCAAGGCAAGCCGCUGAGAACCCAGCGAGCACGUCAGACCCCUGCCACCGUGGCGGGCACCUGGUGGAUGCUAAAUGGGGGAAAGGGGGAGGUAUCACCAGAGAACUUGUUCUUUUGCCAAUUCAUUUGUUAGUAAAAUACUGAAAACACUCAUUUUUUCUAACUGCCUGAGUCUGGGAUUUUAAAAAGGGACUCGGCCUGGCAAGCACACUGUGACCCCUUCAGAGGCACUUACUGCAUGGGGUGGGGCCCUGGGGUGACGUGCUGUGAGGAGAGCCUGACGAGGGAAGGCAAGAGGCAUCCUCAGUGUGAUCCUUCGCAGGCCUCUCCACCCACCAAGGGACCGAAAAAAGCAGAGGAAGCAUCUGAGGCCUCUCCAUUUGACCACCCGAUCCACACAGGUGGUUUCUCAGAGGGAAUAACUUGAGUCCCCAAUGGCUGGGGCCAGGGUACGCUGGCACGGCCGAACCUCACAUCCCUCAGCACGGUGCCAUGAUGGGCCCUGGCAGGCCGGGUUUGACGUCCACUACCUUCCUCGGCUGUUCACUGCCGAGGGGAGGACAGAGGUGGGCCUGGACCCACUGUGGCAAGAGGCACCGAGCUGACAGGGGCCAAGCAUGAGAGGGGCAGGGGUGAGGGGGCCCUCCAACAGUACCUUGGAGUUCUCAGAAGUCCAGCCUGACUUUAUACAGCUGCCCCUGUUAGGAAGGGUACAAUUCAGGAAGUUGGUCCUGAAAGUUAGGGGGAGAAUCCUGUACAGUCACUCAGCCACAUGGGGGCCAUUCCCCUAAGGCACUGCUUUGGCGGUUCCUACCCACUCUGCCCGCACCCCCAGAUUUGGGUAUUUGCCUAAUAGCCCCUGAGGCAGCAACUCUACCAGAGAUUCUGGGCAGCAGAUGUGCCCAGAAAGCACAAAGGAAUGAGCACUGGUCAAGGGUGCUUCAAACAGACUUCAGGCUUGAUGAGUGAGAGAACCACACUUCUCAGCUGACAAAUUCCUACUUGAUUAAACUGCUAAAACUAAACUUUUGAGAGUCUAAAAUGUAUCAAGAAACUACCAAAUAUGACUGCUU